AAACAAACCGAUUCUGUCACUGUCAAGUGAAAAAAUCGUUACUCCGCGCAUCGGAAUUUGCCAGCAUCAACCUCCGCGUAAAUACAACACUUUCUCGUAUUUGUUCCGACUCGUAUCAGUUUUUGUGGUCCUUCAAAUGAGCCAUCCUUUGUCGGGAACAAUCCGGCAAGAUAGCAACCCUUCAUCAUGCACCAUUCCCAGCAGCAGCGACAUCAAAACUUCACCGAAAUCUACGAACUGCUGCGGAAGCUGUGCAAAAGUUUGGCAGGCGAUCGACACGAAACGGUACUAAAAGGUGUGACUCAGCUGGUGAUUAACACGCCGAAUUCCAUUUCAAGUGGCGGGGCGGGCGGUAAUGAUGAGAGCUCGAUCGUGGCUCGGAUCGGUCAGCACUUGCGGUCCAAGAGUGCCGGGGAUUAUGCGUUGUUCCAGGCAUUGCACGAACAGAUGAGCGCUUAUACGGACACCAAGCGGCGGACACAGAUAUUGGAAUUUUUGAUGUUGAUGGCCAACAGCGAGGGGGCGCAAACCUUCAAUGGACAGAUGCUGAAUCUAAAUUCCGAGCUGAGGAGCGAUUUGAGUGGAAGUUUGCCUACAACGGAGGGUAGCUCGAGAUCGUCCGGAGCGGAUUCCGGUGGUGGUGGUUUGUCGAACAUAUUCUCGAAGAUUGAGCUCAGGUCGAGGUCAACGGACAAUGUCAGCACUGGGAUGAGAAUUAUUCCAUUCAAAGGGGGAUCGGUGAUGCAGGAUGGGCGGAGUUCAACAACUUCGGGAGAACUGUCCGAGGAGGAAGGUAUGGCCGCUUCGAAUAAUCUGCAGGAUCAACUGAUGCAAGACGUGAUUUAUGCGUGCACCGGUAUCCAGGGCAAAUACCUGCGGAAGCACGUAGUGACCGGCGAAUUUAAGCUGGAUCACAUUAGAGGACGAACGCUGAGUAUAGGAGACGCCGGGAUGAUUUUGCAGCUAGCCGAGGUUGGUCAUUUCCACGAUCGGGUGGUGAAGUUUACGGAUCCGAAAAGCGACUGCUACAUGAAGGGAAACUUUGGCCAGGGAUACAUUUCUGCGCUGCAACGAGAGUUGACUCAAUACUAUGGGAUGUUGGCGAUUCUGCAGGAAGAUCUAAAUCGCCAGCGAAAGGAGCGAAUUGGUUUGACCGGAGGGGGGGAUCGGCUAACACUGAAAAAACUUCGACUGUGGCUCACCAGUCCAAUGGAACGGCUGCAAUGGUUGGCACAAAUUUCGGAGUCUUGCAAAGAACUGAAAGGCGGUGCUCUGGCCACCAUCGUUUACGAUUACACUACAAAUGGAGAUCCGGAGAAUCGAAGGCUUGCUAUAGAAUUGUUGCGGUCCGCUUGUAUACCGUUGCAGCAGGCACUGAUUCGAUGGCUGAUCGAUGGAGAGAUUGUCGAUCCGAAUGGGGAAUUUUUCGUAGAGGAAAUAUCCGAGGUCGGAUUUGACCAAUUGUGGCAUCAAAAGUAUCGAAUCCGAAAAAGCAUGCUACCGAGCUUCGUUAGCGACGGAAUAGCAAACAGGAUCCUAGUCAUAGGAAAGAGCAUCAAUUACCUGCGGGAAGUCUGUCAGGACAAAACUCCGGUAAAGGCUAGAAACGAUCUGAAGCAGUGCCUAGAGAACGACAUGGAUUCCAUAUUCUCGACGAUCAGCACCACAAAGCUGCAUCAGCUGAUCGAUAGUGCUUAUCUGAAUACUUCCAAACAAGUUUUGGACAUUGUUUUAGGCCCACAUCGCCUGAUGGAUCAUCUGCAAGCGUUGCGAAAUUAUUUGCUUCUAGGCCAAGGCAAUUUCGCCGAUAUUCUGAUGGAAAAUCUUCAAGCAGAACUGGAUCGACCAGCUAGCGAGAUCUACCAGCAUGAUCUUUUCUCCAUUUUAGCAGCAGCCGUUCGGAAUUCGUUUUCCGAGCAGGAAGAACCAGAAGUCCUUAACUAUCUUGACGUUCACUUCCUGGUCCAUUAUGAUGGUGAGUCCGGUUGGGACGUAUUCGGUCUCACCUACAAGGUGUCUGGACCACUCUCCACGAUUCUCGAACCGUCGCUGUGUCGCUAUCAAACGUUCUUCAAACAUCUAUGGAACAUGAAGCACAUUCAAUUCAUCUUGUCGCGCACUUGGAAGUGCCAAACACUCGCCGCCAAAUCGCUCAAAUCUCUCCAGAAUCAGAUCGGUCCGAUCGUAACCCGCGUCCAGCUCAUUACCUCCCAAAUGAUCAACUUCGUCAACCAGAUGGAGUUGUACAUCCUGUUCGAAGUGAUCGAAUGUUCGUGGGUUCAGUUCCUGCCUCGGGUCAACCAAGCGAAAGCCCUGGACGACAUUUUGGAUGCGCACCAUCAUUUUCUGGAGGACAUUCGAAUUGGAAUUUUCCUGGACGAAAGCUCUCAGGAGAUUAUCAACACGUUGGAACAUAUCUUCGACACGGUUAGGAAGCUGGAAGAAUGGCGCGAGCGCUUCUACCGGCUGUGCUUCACGGAGUACGAAGCGAGGAAAGCCUAUCAGGAUCAUAUCAAACAAACGGAACGAACCGGCGACUAUGGCGUCACCACGGAGAAAAUGCUGGAACGGGACGAGCAGGCAAAAACGUUCGAGCAGCACCUGGCCACACAUCAGACCCUGCUGCAGGACAUUGGCAACGAGUACGAAAACAUGGUCGGCAAGUUCCUCUACCAAUUGGCCAUAUCGACCAGCGAAGCGUUGCGCCAGCUGGGAAUGCGACUGGACUACAAUGAGUACUACAAGCACCGGGACCGGCGGCUCAAUGUUCCGCUGACGUUCCAGCACAUCCGCAUGAGCAUGGCGGCGAACAGCUUCCGCUCGCGGAAAGUCACCUCCAGCUCGAUGCUGUACUGACAUCGUCCUGAUGGCGAUUGUUUUACUGGGAAGGAGGAGGACCAACGGCGAAGGGUGGUCCAUCAUUUGAACUCACUAGUUGUAAGCACCAAAAAGGCAACACCCAUCGGUACUCUAAGCUACUACAAUUGUUGUGAGUUGAUGUGAGAUGCGAAGAGUCGAGGAGCGUGUGCCAACGCGGUUGCCAAGCAUCAAGCAAUAGAACGCGCUGUAAAUAAGCUUCAUUUAACGGAAGUGAUUUGGAAUGCGCAUAAGCGGUAAUAUUCACCUAAUAUAGUUGCAUGUUGAAUUCAUUAUUUUA